UCUCCAUUGAAUUUUCUACAGCUUGUCGAAUUCGAGCUACUACGGCGCUGUGAGGAUCGUGAAGUCGCUCCGUAUUGCCAUUCACCUGCCAAUUUGAUAUGGUCAGCUAGUCAUAUCAUUUAAUACCUUAGUCUAAAGGGGACCGAUCAUAUAACUCCAAAAUGGUGCGCAUAAAGCCAUUUAUACGACCGCAACAACUGCGCGCCGCCCUCACCUCCCUCCCACAGCGGACCAGCAUCCAACCGUUCAUACAACCAACCCUAACCACAACCUCACCACAAACCCGCCUAUCCUCCUCCUCAUCCACGCAAGCCACCCCCACAAUCCCGUCCCCAACACCCUUCGUCCCCGACGUGCAAACCUUCCUAACGGUAAUCGGCCGCGGGCUCAGCCAACACGCCUCCAAGAUCCCAACCUGGGACGCCCUAUUCUCGCUCACCACCGAGCAACUCCAAGAACUCGGUAUCGAGCCACCGCGUUCCCGACGGUACCUACUCCGAUGGCGACAGCGAUUCCAAGCCGGCCAAUACGGAAUCGGAGGGGACCUUCAACACGUCUCCGACGGAAAAGCCGAACUACGGGUCCUCGAAUCUACAAAGGACCCAGUAAACCCGCAUAAAUACGUAGUCAAUGUACCUCUAGGAAAAUCCGUAAAGGAGUGUGCGUUGGAAGAAAUGUCGCGCGUAACCGGUUUCAAAGUCCAAGGUGCGAAGACGAUAGUCGGGCCGUACGCGCGACCAAUUAAAGGGGGUGAGGCCGUGCAGAUCGCCAUUACGGAGGGAAUGUGGGAGGACAAGCGUGGUCGCAAGAUCGAUGGUGGUGAGAGGAGAAGAAACGAGGUCCGGUAUAAGAAGCGCAUCCAAGAGCGGCGCGAGAUGAGAGAACGGGGAGAGUUGUAGAUGAUGCGAUGUGAAGGCUAUGCAUAAAUAAAAAAGGAAAAUAAAAUACAUAGAAAGAAAGCACUGUACUUUAUGUACCAUAAAUCGCAAAAUCUGCAUAUACUGGUCAACUAACGAACU